GAGAGGCGAGAAUUAAAGCUUGGCCGAGAACAGCUGAGCAGAGAAGCGGAGAAGGCGGAAGGGGCUGAGAGUUGCGGAGACGGCCCGCUGGGAUCUCUUGGGGAAUUGACAAGCACCUUUUAAAGGACCUUAAAUGUACAAAUCGUUGGAAGUUUAACCUCAAUUAAGUUGUAUCAGAUCCUAUAUGUGGGAGAAUUCCUGAGCAGGAAAAGUGCAUCAAUUUCUGCACAACUGUCACAGACUCAUUCUGUGGCUUUAGUGACUUUUGGAAAAUAGACUGUUUUAGAUGUCUUGGCUGAUCUUUUCAAGAUCCUGCAUACUCUUUGUCAGCACAAGUUGACCCAAAAUGCCUCUCGAUGAUGAACAGAACAGUGACUGUGACUCUUCAAGGUGCUCUGAAAGCACAGCUUCUUCCUGUGACUCUGAAUAUUCAAGACAGAGUUUUACCAGUGACUCUUCAAGCAAGUCCAGCUCCCCAGCUUCAACAAGCCCUCCCAAAGUGGUUACAUUUGAUGAAAUGAUGGCUGCGGCAAGAAACAUAUCAAACCUGACUCUGGCUCAUGAAAUUGCUGUAAAUGAGAACUUUCACUUGCAACGCAUAGAACAUCCACAGAACAGUUUGCCUGGGAGAGUGAGACAAAUCGUACAUAAGGCAUUCUGGGAUCGUUUGGAAGAAGAUCUGAAUGAAGAUCCUCCUGAAUAUGAGCAUGCUAUCAAGCUGUUCGAAGAAAUUAAAGAGAUUCUUCUUUCGUUCCUGAAUCCUGGCGCAAACAGGAUGCGAAGCCAGAUCUGUGAAGUCCUUGAUAUAGACCUCAUAAAGCAGCAGGCCCAGCACAACGCGGUUGACAUCCUGGGCCUGGCAAACUAUGUCAUUAGCACAAUGGGGAAAAUGUGUGCUCCAGUGAGAGACAAUGAUGUAAACCAGUUAAAAGCCACUGGGAAUAUUGUAGCCUUGUUGAGGCAAAUAUUCCAUGUUCUGGAUCUCAUGACGAUGGAUAUGGUUAACUUCACUAUUCAGAAUCUUAGACCUCACCUUCAGCGCAACUUGGUGGAUUAUGAACGAGCAAAAUUCCAAGAAAUACUUGAAGAAACACCAAGUGCUCUGGACCUAACAAUGGAAUGGAUCCGGGAAUCUAUACAGGAAGAACUGUCUUCUGUUUCCUGUGAAACAUCGUCAUCCUCUGGUGCUGACGGGAUCUCAAAACCAAAUCUGAGCCCUACUCUGAUCCUAACCAACAGCUACUUGAAAUUAUUGCAAUGGGAUUAUCAGAAAAAAACUAUUCCUGAGACACUGGUGACAGAUGAAGGUCGCCUUCGUGAGUUGUCAGAGAAACUGAAUCAGUUGAAGAUUGUCGCUUGUAUCUGUCUCAUAACAAGCAACAUGGUGGGUGCUGCUAUUGAGGGAAUUCCAGAUUUUGGUGACAAACAGAAGAGGAUUUCGUUUGUUCUGCUUGAAGGAAUGAAUAAAAAGACCUUUGAUUUGAAAGAAGCUCUUAAUGCCAUAGGUCUUCAGACAUGCAGUGAAAUAAGCGAGUCAUUAACUGAGAGGGGCUUCCCGCCACUAAAUGAAGAAAUUCGUGGAAAUUUAGUGGGUCAGAUCUGCAACAUCGUAGAGGAAGAUAAUCCAGUCAGCUCCUUAAUUGAUAAACGAACUCAUCUGUACAUGAGAAGUUUGCUUGCCUCUCCGUGCUUUCAGAAGUCAAUGCCUACUAUUCCUGGAGGCCUUGCUGUGAUUCAGACUGAGAUGGAAAGCAUUGGGUCUCAGUUUGCCAACAUUGUCAACCUUAAUAAACAGGUGUACGGACCAUUCUAUGCAAAUAUCUUUCGAAAACUGCUUUUCAGCCAGCCAGUAACAAGUACAGCAGAAACUGAGCCUUCUACUAAUUGAAAUAUGUAACUCUCCUCUCUGUCCCCACCCCACAACCUUCCUCUUCACAGUAUUUAUAAAGCGGUGAUUUAUUCUUCUGAACGUGUAUAGCUUAAAGCAAUGACUGUUAAUGAGAGUGAAAUGUUUUAUGUCUAAUGAAACAGACUCUAUCAAUUAUAUUCAAAUAAAGGUGCCCCUGCCCCUCAAAUCCCUGGAAAGCUAUUAACUUAAACAAACAUAUUUGAACAGAUUACUACUGCUUAUAAUGAUGAAUUGUAACACUUAUUGUAAUUGUCUAAUGUAAAUGUUUUCUCCAAAGCAAGAAUCAAAUGUGCUUCCUCCGAUACCUUUGGUGCAAUGAAAGAGAAGGUUGUAGCUCAGAUUUAAUCUGAAUUAAAAUAUUAAUUUUUAGUGGCCCAUUAUCAAAACACAAGUAGCCACUUUGUGAAAAGAUCUCUAGCAACUAGAGAAAAAUCUAAAUGAUUAUAUGGAUCCUGUUGUAGGUGAGGUCACAGGACGAGGGGUCACCUCAUCCCCCCCCCAAACUCUCCUUUUUUUUGCAUACCAAGAUGCCACUGUUGGCGGAUGUCUCCUGUCACUUGUUUAGAGGUAUUCUGAUUCAAGCAUGCAGGGACAACUAUGAACCUUAAUCAUAUUGUGAUUACUACUUGCUAUUUUUCAGCCAGGUGAAGCUACUGAAUUGCUCCACACAAUAGUGUAUGUAUGUGACGAUAGCUUAUAUAUCAGGUGUAAGAUAUCUAAAUAUAGUUGAGAGAUCAGGAGUGACUCUGAGUUGUGGACACACUUCCCCAGACCCUUCUUUGAGUCGCCGUUUCCUGCCCACCCCCUCUUAACUAUGGUUAAUGAUGGCAUAUUCUCUGACCUUCAGUUAACAAUAACCAGGAUUUUGAUUUAGUUCUAAAGCCCUAGUAAUGAUGGGAAUCCUAGUUAUUACUAUCCAUGAUUACAACUGGUACAGAUGAAAUUAUUAAUUGUAUGUAUGGCCUUUGGUAGAAAGGAUGGAGAAAUUGUCUGCAAAGAGCGGCUAAAAUGGAGCAUAGCUUGCUCCUAACCACUUAACCAGGGUUAAAGGUCAGAAGCAUUACAUCUGCACUGGGGCUGUAUCCAGAAACACUAGUUAGUCCACAUAUGCUGCCUAUGUAACACUAGGGUUUUUCCCUCCUUUUUGUUGAAUACUUUUGAUGGAGUAAUUUGGCUGUGUGAAUUGGCUCUCUGAUGAAAGGAUUUAUACUUUUACUUAUGUUCAGUAGGUCUUUUGAAGUUAAGUAUAAGUAGAAUUGAUGGACAGAGCAUUAGAGGCUGAAAUAAUGGUCCUAAAGUCUAGGUAUUGUAAACAGAGAGCCCCUAAGGUUUCUUGUUCCUUUAUGAUCUUGGUCACAAAUCAGUUUUAUGAGAGGACUACUUUGAGAAAGUCUAGGGAAUGGUAAGGAUUAGGGCCUGGCCUGGCCUGGCCUGAAAUAGUUUGUCCAUUAACAAUACAAAGUUUAUUAGUAACAGUACUUGAUAAUUGAAUAUAAUGUGUAUAGGUAGAUAUACAACCACAAAACAAAAUUCAUUCACAAUAUACAGGAAAUAUUCUGAAAAAUCGUUAUGCAAGUUUGUGGGAACAUUAUGAUGUAGAAGAUUACUUGAGAAACUGCAAUAUUUAUAUAUAAACUAUUUUUGCAUAUGUCAGAUUAUUGAAUAUAGAAGGGCUACAGUAUAUUGUGUGCAUAAACCUCCAAUUUAUACCAAAAUGAAUCAUAACUUGAAAAAAAAUUACUUCUAGGAAGUAUUAGUUGACUGUGAGUCUCUUAUAUAGCCAAAUGCUAAAAUUCUAAUGUGUCCAGUUUCAGUGGGUGAAUCUCUAAAUGCUCCCUGUUGAUAUUUCAUGCUCGAAUGCAUUUUUUCCCCUAAGAAAUUCAUCUUUGCCCAUUUUGGGAAUAACAUGCAAACCUACUUGCCAUACCGUGCCGCUGGCACAUCUAUUACAGAUACUGAAAAGGACCUCCUCAUUAAGAACACUGUGGUUUUAUAGGCAAAUACACCUUUAAUAGAACUAUAUAUAUUCAUUCUAAAAUAAAAUAUAUUUAACAAGUGUAUUUUGCUUGAUUAUCUCAAAUUGAGGAUUGGUUUCCUGGGUGUGUGGUGGGGGGCAGAAUUUCUUACUCUGGGUCUUGAUUAUCUUGCAGGAGUGCACUAAUGAGCAAAAUUCUGUCACAUGUCUAUUUGAUUGUCAGUUGAACAAAUGAAGAAGUUCUAGCAAUCACCAUCUAUAGUUGUACAAGAAACUCUUUUGACACCUGCUACUAUUUUAUAUAUGCCAUAUUCCUGAGAGCAUGUACAUGGGUGGAGAUAGGAAGUAACAUUGGAGGGUCAGCUCUGUCCCUGACCUAUAGUAUAGGUACAGAGUAAUCAAGAAUUCUGAAUACUCACAACCACAAUAACAAAAAUCCCAGGAUUCCUAAUGAUUGGGAGAGAUCCCUAUGCAUGCCCACUUGUACAUGUGAAGGAGGAGCUCUGCACACCUAGUUGAGUUCUGACUUAAUGUUGGUCAGAAGUAGAGUUUGUCAUUAUGAUGCUAUGCUCCGCUCAUUCCACUACCUACUGCCCAUAUGUGUCAGCCUCCCAGAUUAUGGUAUGAAAAGGGCUAAAGCAUCCUUUGCCCCCAUUCUUGCCUUGCUCUGAGAUGUUUUGUCCAGUAUUUUGGGCCUAGAUAUGGCUGUUGUAUUAUAUUUACAAAGGAUUAAUUUUUGUUUUUCACUCUUUUGUAGAGCAAAGUUCAAUUUUGAAAACGAUUGUAAUAUAACUAGUGUACUAAUGGAAUCCUUAAACAUAAAAGGCAAACCGUGUUGCCAAUGACUCACUUCUUAUCCCUGUGCAGGCACAGUACGUGGGGAUAAGAAGCAACUUGGGGUCAAAAUAGUUUGCCUCCUCGCUGCCUCCUUAGGACCUCCAGAGGCCCGGAAAGGCCCAGUGCAGCUGCAGGAAGGUCUCGUGCUGCACUGCCGGGCCUUCCCAUUGCCUCAGGGCUUCUGGAGGCCCGAGAAGGACCAGUGCAGCAGCAGGAAGACAUGGCAUCAUGGCCCCAGGCCUUCCUGCCACCUUGGGGCCAGUGUAGUCCGGCCCAUGACCCACUGUGGGGUGGGGUGGCCUGGCCCAGCGGUCUGCUGUGGCGCAGGGCGGCUCAGCCCAGCACCCACUGCUAGAUCCCAUUGUAUUAUGUCACAAUGUAGUCUGGGAACUAGUUAUGCAUAAAGCAUAAGAUUUCUGGUAAUUAUCUUUAUUAAAAAACAAAUGCAUCUGUAAAACGAGGAACUCUGUAAUUUCUUAAAUUUUGAGAAAAAGUCAAUAUUUUGAGCCUCAAUAUGGCCAUUUAUGUUAUAAACAUUUACAAGAGCGUUUUUUUGUAAUGUGUGUAAUGUAUUUGUUUUCUUAAUCAUGCGCAUGUGAAACAGAAACAACGCAGCAAGUGUAGGAGCACUUCUCUCUACAAAUUUCUGUCCUGUCUAGGAAGCUGUAACAUGCAUUACAAUUGUGCAGAUUAAGAGAAAGCAAACUGUUUGGUGAUUUUUGUCAGUAACUUGCAAAGGGCAUUUUAUAUAGCAUGGCGUAUCCAUUUAGCAAUCUUUAAAUGUCUUGUAGUGUUUGUUUUGGAUAUUCCAAUUAAUUGACUUGCCUCUCUUGUACAUUAAUUGUUGAAAUUGUCCAAACAAGUUUACUCUCCAUUUUUCUUUAUUUGGAUAAUUAAAACAAAAUAUUGUAUGCAACAGCUUUGUAGGUGGUUUUUGAGUUCAUAUUUGGUAUAUUAAUAAAAUUCUGUUUGUGAUAAAAAUA